AUGGCUUUCCUUCUGUUGUUGGCCUAUGUGAUAGCUGGAUGUCUUUCUGCUGCUUCAGCAGGCACAUGCAAUCUCUUAGCUCUGUAUCCCCCUUUAUGGGAGGAGAGCCCUGGUCAGUUCAAUGUCUACCAGGUGAAAAAUGGACAGUACAUUAUUGAUGCCUGGGUAUAUCCUGAGAGAAUGGGGAUGUACAAAAUCCUAUUGACUCAGACAGCCAAGUAUUUUGAAAGAUUUUCACCAGAAAAUGAACAAAACAUUCUAUGGGGACUGCCUCUGCAGCAUGGCUGGCAAUAUAAUACAGGCAGAUUAGCUGAUCCCACCAAUGCAACGAACUGUGGUUACGAAUCAGAUCAUUUGUGCAUCUCAGUGAACAGUUGGUGGGCUGAUAUAAAUUAUUUUCUGUGUGCAUUACCUUUCCUUUCUGCGGUUGAUUCUGGUGUGAUGGGGAUAUCAUCAGAUCAAGUCACCAUUUUGCCACCACCCAAAGAUCAGAUGCUGUUUUGUUUUGACGUGUUUACCUGUCGUUCAUUAUUCCCAAAGACAAUGGACAAGUGGAAUGCCUUUUACCAGAAUAUGAAGUUACCUUCUAGUAGCUUUGAAGGUCUGUUGAAGUAUUUAUGGGCUGCACAUACCUCAACCUUGCAGGAUGUUCUCAAAAUUUUUGAAACUAGGCUUCAAAAUUAUGCUAAACCAGAAGCAGAUUUUGAAAGAAGUUGGAGUUUGGCUGUGGAAUAUAUUGCUGCCUCUAACUUUCCUACAACAUUGAUCAGAAUACAUGAGUUCCAGAAGGGCUUGCCACCAAGAAUGCUUGUUACAGGAGAUAAAGCACCCUUCAUCAGUGACUUCACUUUCUUUCAGAAUAUAGUCCUCUUUAGUCUAAAUAGUCUUUAUGAAGUGGCUAAUGCUACAGAUUUCUUUAUCGAAGCGUUGGAUAGUUUGGAUUGA